CAUUUCAUGACCCCUAAAAAACGAUAAAAACGGAAAGAGUUGGUUAGGUAGAAGUUGAAUGAUAAUCAGACACUUUUGCUUGUUUUUUUGGGAUAUCUCUCUCUCUCUAUCUCUCUAAGGCAAUCAGGUUUUGGAAGCAAAAGAAAAGAUGGCGUAUAGAAGAAGACAAGGCAUAUCAAGAGCUUCAACAUUCAAAGAAGAUUUUCAUUCAUCAUUGGAUGAUCCUAAAGAUUCUGAUCAACAAAAUAGUUAUUCACGUUCCCUCUCUUCUUCUCAUUCUUCUUCCCUCGCCGCUCAAGCCAUCAAAGCCUCUACUGCUCGUCGUCAACCCGCUCUUUCCUUUGCAUUUGACCCCUCUCAUCCUGACCAUCAUAGAUCCACGAGUUUUGAUGCUUAUGGAAAUGACAACUCUAAGUCUGGUUUUUGGGGUGUUUUGGCUCAUAAAGCAAAAUCAAUGCUGGAUGAAAACAAUCCAGCUCCACAACAACAAGAAACCAUGCCUCAAACACUCAAAUCACACUCAUUUAAUACCUUUACAAGUCCUUUUUCAACUCAGCCAUUAUAUCAACCUUCUGACUAUAAUAAAAGAAUGGACAAUCCUUCGAUUCGGAAGGGCUUGGAUGCAAUUACUACUUCCCUCAAUCAGCUAGGUGACACCUUUGAGAAGGCUUUUGAGGAUGGCAAAACAAUGGUGGAGAGUAAGACAGCAGACCUCAGAUAUCAAAUCAGGCGAAGAGGAAAUGGCCCUGAAGAUAUAAACCAAGCUUCAGAAAUGAGGAAUCCAUGGCAGCAAUCAGAUCAGACACAGUCUCCUUCUCGCCAUGAAACGCAACUCAAGGCAUCUCGCGACGUGGCAAUGGCAACAGCUGCAAAAGCAAAGUUACUUCUUCGUGAGUUAAAAACGGUUAAAGCGGAUUUAGCAUUUGCUAAAGCGCGUUCUGCUCAACUUGAAGAAGAAAAUAAAUUACUCAGGGAACGAGAGGGCAGCGACAAGGGACAUAACCGUGAAGAUGAUGAUCUGAUUCGACAUCAGCUUGAAACACUUCUAGCCGAGAAGGCUCGUUUGGCUAAUGAAAAUGAGACAUAUUCAAGAGAAAACCGUUUCCUGAGGGAAAUUGUGGAAUACCAUCAGCUGACAAUGCAGGAUGUGGUGUAUCUGGAUGAGGGAAUGGAAGAAGUCACGGAACUAUAUCCUAUGGAUGUCAAUGGAGUCACCAGGUUGCUAUCUGUUUCACCACACUCAUUAUCACCGACAUCGCCUGACGAGGUUGUUCUGGGGUCAGCAAAAGAUGAUGAUGAUAAGAGUACAUCAGAAGAAAAUGAGACACCUGCUAGUGAGUCACCUCCUCAACAUGCAGCAAAAUGAUCACCCUUUUUUUGUUCAUAGGGUUAUAGCCUUAGAUGAGGUUCUCUUGUUUUAAGGGAUGUAUGUAUGCAUGAUUUGUAACAUAUAUUUGUUUAUUUAUUAGACCUGACUGCAAUGUGAGGAAUGAGGAAUUAGGAGGGUGGAAAUAUUUGAUGAAAACUAACAUUUGUUUUGUGUGUAAAUUUAAUGUCACUAUGAAGUUGGUUUGGAAAAUUUCUUUUCAUUUUUUCAA